AUGGAGCAAGAAAGGGCCCCAGAAGAAACCAAAGACCUCUUCACCAAAAGGAUAGGAAGUGUAGCGCGUGGAAAUAAAUGGAAACAGGAGCUCAAAGACGGCUACAAUGGAAAGGGGGACCUAUGUUUCAAAAAUAGGGAAGAGAGUAAGGAAAUAGAAGAGAGGAAGGAAACCAGGAGGAAGAGCAGCAGCAGCAACGCCGGGAGCCGCACCAGCGCUGUCAACGACCUCAGCAUCUCCUCCGUCCCAGCAGCAGCAGCAACGCCAGGAGCCACACCACUGUCAACGACCGCAGCGUCUCCUCCAUCCCAGCAGCAGCAGCAACGCCAGGAGAGGAGCAGCAGCAGCAACGCCAGGAGCCACACCACUGUCAACGACCGCAGCGUCUCCUCCAUCCCAGCAGCAGCAGCAACGCCAGGAGAGGAGCAGCAGCAGCAACGUCAGGAGCCACACCACUGUCAACGUCCGCAGCGUCUCCUCCAUCCCAGCAGCAGCAGCAAUGCCAGGAGAGGAGCAGCAGCAGCAACGCCAGGAGCCGCACCAGCACUGCCAACGACCUCAUCAGCUGCCUUCUUCGUAUAA